AUGUCCGAUCCUGUAGACGCCGGUAAUCUUGAAACAUUCAGGAUUUUAUGGCUAGAUGCUUUGAUAAAUAACAACGAAAACAAAGCAGCACAAAAACAAUUGCGAACUGUGAUCAAUCACGUGAAAACAUUUGAGGAUCCUGUCGAUUUUCUCCAUGGUGUUCGACAUAGCACACAAACUGAUCGACUAGUUGUGAUUGUGAGUGGUCGAUUUAGUCACCAUGUCAUUCCUAAAAUUCAUCCACUAAUACAAGUAAUAUCAAUCUAUAUUUAUUGUAUGAACAAAUCACAUUAUGAGCAGCAUACUCAAUCAUACAAUAAAGUAAAAGCCAUAUGCGUAGAAUUGAACGAGCUCGUUCAUCAAAUUCGACUGGAUCAUAAAAAUUUGUCAAUUAUGGAUGAUCAACUUCCAUUUAACAUAUUCUCAAUGAACGAAAAUGAUGAGCAAUCGUCCAUUGAAUUGAAUGGUCAAUUUUUAUAUUCUCAAUUACUAAUUGAUGUUCUAAUGCAGAUAAAACCGAAUGAAAAAGAUAAACGCGAAUUGAUCACAUUGUGUCGAAAAUCAUACAAAGACAAUGAGAAAGAGUUAGAUAAUGUGAAUAGAUUCGACCGAGAAUAUUGCCCAUCACAAGCGAUCACAUGGUAUACCAGUGACUGCUUUUUGUAUCGUGUUUUGAACAAAGCAUUGAGAGUACAGAACAUAAAUAUUUUAUAUUUAUUUCGUUCGGUAAUUCUAGACAUCAACGAACAAUUGAAACAAGCUCAAGCGCAGAAACAUAUACGAGUAUAUCGCGGUCAGCUAAUGUCGAACGAAGAGUUGGAUCGACUUCGUUGCUCUGUAGGCAAAUUUAUAUCAAUUAAUUCGUUUUUCUCCACGAGCUUGAAUCGUGAUACAACUCUUCUAUUUCUUACAACAGGCAUCUAUGCGAACGAGCACAAUCAUGACAAAUGCUUUGAGAGUGUUUUAUUCGAAAUUGAUGCUGAUCCUGUAGUGGUGAUGUCGAAUUCAUGGAAUAGGCCAUUUGCAAAUAUUAGCACUUUCAGUGAGUUUCCGUCCGAGGAUGAAGUGUUGUUUAUGCUCGGCUCAAUAUUUCGACUAGAUGAUAUUAGCUAUGAUCAAUCAUCAGCAACAGUUUGUAAUACUUUGAAGACAGUCAAAAUCAUUCGAAUGACAUUAUGCAAUGAUCAGGAGAAAGAUCUCGAACAACUUUAUACAGUCAUGAAAAAAUAUUUUUCAAAAGCACAGACAAAUAAUCUCUUAUUCGGUAAACUUUUGGUUAAGAUGGGCAAAUUCAAUAUGGCUGAAAAUUAUUUGUGUCGAUCGCUUGGUGAAUUUACAUCGAAUGAUCCAUCGCUAGCUGAUCUAUAUCAUUUGAUGGGUAUGGUUGCAGGUGCACAAGAUAAUUAUAAUGAGAGUCUUGAGUGGCAUCGAAAAUCACUCACAGUAUGCGUUCAAGCAUGCGCAGCCGAUCACGUUAACAUUGGUAAUUCAUAUAAUAGUAUGGGAAUUGUGUAUCGAAAGAAAGGUGAACGCAUUCGAGCUCUAGAUUCUUUCAAUGCAGCUGUAUCGUUGUUCGAGCAAGCACACCAUGAGAAUCAUCAAGACAUGGCUUUAUUGUAUGGGAAUAUUGGUAACAUCUAUCAAGAACAAAAGAAAUACGAGGAUGCCCUUAAAUUUGAUGAGAAAUCAUUAGCUAUUAAAACGAAAUAUUUUCCUUGUGUUCAUGCAGAUAUAGGUGCCUCGUAUGCCAAUAUUGGAGUCAUCUAUCGUUGUCUCGGUCAAUAUGAUCAAGCAUUAGACUAUUACAAACGAUCACUUGAAAUUCAAUUGAAGUCACUUCCUUCUGAGCAUCUCGACAUUGCAACUACAUGUAAGAACAUAGGUAUUUUGUAUAAACAUAAAACUGAAUGGAAACAAGCAUUAACGUAUUUUGAGAAAGCAUCAAAACUUUUUCAUAAAUUGCUUCCGUUACAACAUCCGAAUGUUACCAAAAUUAAUACUGCCAUUCAGUAUGUUUCUUGUCAACUCAAUAUGCAAUCGAUAUUGUGA